CACCGGUUUACGUGUUCGCGCGCGAGCCACCAUGACCACCCGUACUCUCCCCACCUUACCCUCCUGUCUAAUCCGCCAUGGCUCUCGCUUCCACCUCUCCGCUCGCCGCCGCCACCACCGCCCGACCCACUACUUCCACUCCGUCCACGGGCUGCCUGUCACGCCGCCUCCCGCGGUUCUCCUGCCAGGCGACCACCGACGGUGCCCGCGGCGGCAAUGUGUCGAGCACCUCGCCGACGCCACCGAAGUGGCGCGUAGCGGUCUCCGCAGCCCUCGCGGCGGCCAUAGUUACGGCGAUGCCGGCAUACGCGGAUCUCAACAAGUUUGAGGCGGAGCAGAGGGGCGAGUUUGGUAUUGGUUCAGCCGCGCAGUUCGGCAAUGCCGACCUCAAAAAGACUGUGCAUGUUAAUGAAAACUUCAGGCGGGCGAAUUUCACAUCUGCUGAUAUGAGGGAGUCAGAUUUUAGUGGUUCCACAUUUAAUGGUGCCUAUAUGGAGAAGGCUGUUGCUUAUAAAGCAAAUUUCACUGGUGCAGACUUGAGUGACACUUUAAUGGAUCGCAUGGUUCUAAAUGAAGCUAAUCUUACAAAUGCUGUACUUGCACGGACAGUGCUUACACGUAGUGAUCUCGGUGGAGCAACCAUUGAAGGUGCUGACUUCAGUGAUGCUGUUCUUGACCUACAACAGAAACUGGCUUUAUGCAAAUAUGCAAGCGGAACCAAUCCUGUAACAGGCGUCAGUACCCGGAAAAGCCUUGGAUGUGGCAACAGUCGCCGAAAUGCAUAUGGGAGCCCUUCCUCCCCUCUGUUAAGUGCCCCACCACCUAAACUUCUGGACCGUGAUGGUUUCUGUGAUGAAGCUACUGGUAUGUGUGAUGCAAAGUGAAAAAGGAACGAUCCAGCAUACCAUGGAAAUUGAGCAAUGAUGUUGUAUAUAUAUUGAAGAUUAAGUGAAAGACAACACAGUUUUGUGUUCAGUGUUGUAGCAUUGCAACGGAAUCAGGUAAAAUAGAAAUGGAAUGUAGAGAAGGUAUGGAUACUGAACAUCUGAUGAUGUAUGUAUAUGUAUUAGAGCAUAUUGCACACGCCUCUCGCUGUAAAAAA